AGCACCACCACCGCCACCCCCCAGUACCAGAGGUGACCGGCGAUGCCUUGCUCAUGAGAACCUAGAACAGUAUUACCAGCUCCUCCCUGCGGUGUGGAGUGGUGUGCUGGACGGUACAUGGAAUAUAUCAAGCGCGCCUAGUUGAAAAAUAACCAAGAGGGAAAACACACACGAGUUAAACACAAGGAGAGUGUGUGUGUGUGUGUGUGUCUUCGGAGGAGCGACGUUCGGACCCGACGCCGCAGGGACCUUUUGGAUAUCAGUGCCGAAGGCGGGCGGUCGGCGGGGGCUUAUCGGACCUUCGGGGGUUCGACGGCGGCGGUAAAUCCGACGCUGAGGCGCGGAGUCACGCGCGAAGAGGGACGGCGAUCGGACGACAAGGCGGGACGCGACACCCCACCCCACACCCCCAACGGCGGGAGCUGAUGCCAAGUCUGAGAGUGGACCGCCAUGACGCGAUUGUAACCUGAUGAUCAGCAAAGAGAUGGUGAGGAAAAAGAAUCCCCCGAUCCGGAGCGUGGGAGGCGAGGAGGAGGAGGAAGAGGAGGGGAGGAGGAGGAGGCCGACGACGGCGGGAGGAAGAGCAGCAGCAGGAGGCGGAGGCGGAGGAGGAGGAGGAGGAGGAGAGGAGGAAGACGAAGGGGAGGAGGAGGGCCGCGUUGGAGCCGAGGCCGACAGGAUCAUCCGACCCUCGGAGCCCGAGUCGUCGGGGCGGACGCGCGGCGACCGGGGGGAGGGCGACGACGAAGAGGAGGAGGAGGAAGAGGAGGAGGAGGAAGAGGUCGGGAGCGAGUGCGUCUCCUCCUCCUCCGUCUCGCCGUCGUCGGUGGGGGUGCGCGACGACCGCUACAACCGCCGCCACGCCGGGCGGAAGGGAGCGGGCGGCGCCAAGCAGACGGACCGACGGACGGACCGCGGCCAAUCGGAGCCCGAGGGCGAGGGCGACCGGAAGGACCUAGAGAGGGAGGCGGGCGAGGACGAGGAGGGGGGAGACGGAGGAGGAGGGAGGGAGCGCCUGGCCGCCCAGCACCACCACCACCACCACCUCCUCCUCCCGCCCCAGCCUCAGCUGUCGUCGCGGGAGACGGCCGGCGGCGAGGGCGGGCCCACGGCGGAGACUCCGCCCCUCUCGGCCAGCCCGUCGCCCAAGCUGCAGGACUUCAAGUGCAACGUGUGCGGCUACGGUUACUACGGCAACGACCCCGCCGACCUGGUGAAGCACUUCAGGAAGUACCACCUGGGCCUGCACAACCGCACGCGGCAGGAUGCGGCGCUGGACACUCACAUCCUGGCCCUGCACAACAUGGCGCCCCAGAUCACCCUGCCCGAUCUCCAGGCGGGCCAGGCCCAGAGGAUCCAAGCCAAAGACACGGGGAAGACGAGGCACGAGGCAUACGGGCAGCAGCACCGGGCGGCCAUGAUAAACGGGACGUACGAUGUACAGGUGACGCUGGGCGGAACCCUCAUCGGGAUCGGACGCAAGACGCCCGAUUGCCAGGGCAACACUAAAUACUUCCGCUGCAAAUUCUGCAACUUCACGUACAUGGGCAGCAGCUCCCUGGAACUCGAGCAGCAUUUCAUGACCUCGCACCCAAACAAGGUCAAAACCCCGCCCCCAACACCGCACCAGCUGGCCAAUCACAGCCUGGUGAGCCACGAGCUCCACACCAAGGACCGGGGCCUGCUCCUGGACGGCGUGGAGCGCACCGCGGUGAGGGCGGAAGACGAUUCGCUGGCCGGGUACUCCAUCCCGGUCAGGGGCGUCUCCGAUUCGCCGGGCUGGUCGGGGGAGGCGGGCCGGGGCGGCGUCAUGGCCUACUAUUGGUGCAAGUUCUGUAGCUGGAGCUGCGAGUGGGCCGGGGGUGCCGGGAAGCUCCUGGAGCACUACGAGCAGAGACACAGGACGAGCCCGGGGGGGGCUCUGAGCCCCAGACACUCCAACCACGGGGGGCUGGAGAGGGAGAGGGAGAGGGGAGGGAGGAGAGACGGAGACGAGAGAGACCACGGCGCCUUCAAGAGCCGGAAAGACCCGUCGUCCAACGUGAACCAAGAUCCGUCCGGCAGCGACCCGGAAGCGGUGGUGACCAGCUACAACUGCCAGCUGUGUGACUUCCGCUACUCCAUGGCCCACAGCGCCGAGGUGAUCGUGGUGGCGCCCCUGCUGCUACACUACCAGCACAGCCACAGCAUCCACCGCUGCUGCAUCCAGCACUGUCUCUACUGCCCCCAGGGGCUCUGCCAGCCCCACAAACACCUGGGAGAGGUGUCCCACCCCUUCGCCUGCUGCAAGCCCUCCUGCCCCAAGUGUUGCUCCAAGCUGACGGGGGACGGCGCCAUGGCGGGGAAACCGGGGAUGGUGACGUCGCCAAACGCCACCCCCACCCCCCCACCGGUGUUUCACCCCUCCAACCACCCCCCAGCCCAUCCUGAAGUCACGCAAGGCGUCACCCACCUGUGCGACCAGUGUGCCUACGCCACGGCCGACAUCGACGUCCUGCUCCAGCACUACGAGGGCUGCCAUUCGCUGAGCAGCCUGAAGGGGGCGUCGCCGCCACCGCGGAGGGUCAAGGCCGAGGACGGCGCGACGGCGGGGGAGAGGGACGGCGGCGGCGAGCGGGAGUUCUCCUGCACCAAGUGUCACUUCAUCACCGAGGUGGAGGAGGAGAUCUUCAGACACUACAGUGGUGUGUUCUGUGCCAACUGUCUGACCACCAAGACGUCUCUGUGGAGGAAGAACGCCAACGGAGGCUACGUCUGCAACGCCUGCGGCCUCUACCAGAAGCUGCACUCGACGCCGCGUCCGCUGAACAUCAUCAAGCAGAACAACGGCGAGCAGAUCAUCCGGCGCCGCACCCGGAAGCGGCUGAACCCGGACUCUCUGGCGCCCGACAACGCCGCCCCGAAGCAGCAGCGCAUCGCCAGCGAGGACCGCCUCAACGGGGGGGAGGAGCUCGACCGCGGCUGCCCGCCAAUCAAGAACCAGCAGCCGUCGCCGCGCUCCCGGUCGCCGCGCUCCACCCAGGCCUUCCUGGCCAAUCAGACGCUAGAGAUCCACCGACGCAUGCCGCCGCUCCUGCUGCCCGCCCACCCGCCCACCUCGCUGGUAGCCGAGGGCAACGGUGGCGGCGGCGGUGUGGAGGCCGGGCUGGGCUCCAAGGGGGAGGGGGGAAAGGGGGGCGGGGGCUCGGAGAGGGGCAGCCCCAUAGAGAAGUACAUGCGGCCCUCCAAGCCGUCCAGCUACUCGCCCCCGGGGUCCCCCAUCGAGAAGUACCAGUACCCGCUCUUCUCCCUGCCCCUCCCCCUGGCCCUCUCCCCCGACCUCACCUCCGAGUCCGACUGGCUGCGCUUCUGGACCAAGUACAAGAUGGCCGCCGCCUCCGGGGUGCCCGGCCUGGGGGGCCUUGGCAACCCCGGGGCGCUGGGCGGCAACGCCCACUACCUGGGCGCCAUGGUUACGCCGAUCCAGCAGCAGCAGCAGCAGCAGCUUCAGCACCAUCUCCAGCAGCAGCAGCAGCAGCAGAGCUACAAGGUGCCUUACUGCGGCUCCUCCCCUUACUCCCCGCUGCCCCCCCCGCCCUCCGCCCCGCCCCACUACCCCCCGCUCCCGCUCCACCCCCAGACCCCCAACCCCUCCUCGUCCUCCUCGUCCCCGGAGAACGACGCUCCGCUGGACCUGGCCAUGAGGCAGAGGGACUCGCCCAACGCCGCCGCCGCCGCCGCCGCCAAUGCUAACGGCGCCGAGAAGAGGAGGCGGGCGUCGCCGCUGGUCGUCGAGAGGAGGAGGCGGAGGAGGGAGGAGGAGGUGAAGGAGGAGGCAGAGGAGAGGGCGGUGGAGAGGAUGGAGGAAGGAGGCGUGCAGAGAGACGAGGAACAGGAGCGGCAGCAGCCGCCUCCGAGGGAGGAGGAGCAGGAGGAGGAGUCAGCGGCGAGCGAGCCCAGGGCGUCGGUGCUGAAGAGCCCGCCGUGCGCCCCCCCGUCGACCGCUCGCGCCCCCGCCACGGCGGAGGCGUCCACGCAGGACGACCUGGCCCACCGCUGCGUCCACUGCGGCAUCUAUUUCCUGGACGAGGUCAUGUACGCGUUGCACAUGAGUUGCCACGGCGACGGCGGCCCCCACCAGUGCGCCUUCUGCCUGCACGCGUGCGCCGACCGCUACGACUUCACCACGCACAUCCAGAGGGGGCUGCAUCGCUACGGCGACAAGGCCAAGGGGGACCUGCGGGAGGAGGUGGUGGAGGAGGAGGAGGAGGGCGACGCCCCCCAGGAGGAGACGGUCGUGCUGGAGGGCAAAGGUCAGCCGACGACGGCGGAGACGGCGCCGGAGGAAGAGGAAGAUGACGACGGUGAGGAAGAGCGAGGCGAGGUCGUGCUGGAGGGCGGCGACGAUGCGGCAGGCGAGGGCCAACCCGACGGGGGGAAGGUUGCCGACGGUGACGGGGAUGAUGCUGAUGCUGAUGAAGACGGUACCACGGAGGCUGAGAGGGAGUCGGAGGAAGGUGCGCGUGACAUCAUCCCGGAGCAGGAAGCUAAGGGCGAGGCGGACGCCGACGGCGGUGAUGAUGAGGUAUCUUCAGAGACAAAGGUCACAGAGGUCACCGAGGAGAUGGAGCUCACCGAGGCGGAUGCACCGGACGCCAGCUCUCCUGGGGACAUUCCGUCGUAGCCGGCUGAGCAGUGGCCGUCAGGGCCCGUCUCGGACUAACUCCAACGGGCCCCCGAGGUCGACGCCUGAUUUGUUAAAAGGCUGGUCAUGUGAUUCGGUCAAAACCGAAAAAAAUAAAAAAAGGGAUUUUCUUUUUUUUCUUUUGCCUGAUAGGAAUGGAAACCAUUUGGGAAUAUCGUGCUUAAGUCUGUUUCAGGUAACAGUCUGGUCAGAUGCCUGAUGAACAAUCGAUUGGUGGGAUUGAAGAUGAGACGCGAGUCGAAGGCCUGAAUGUUGAGGAUGAACUGCUCCUACUUUGUAUUCUCUGGCCUUUUGACUCUGAAGGAAGCUGCCCUUCACUUGCACAGUUGCCAUAUAAAGCAGAGUGGAAUAUACGUGGAAACAAGCUUUUCUUUCAAUGAGACUCAAAGCCCAGCUUCCAGCGAAAGCGAUCUCCUAACCCAGGUCCGAGAUAUGUUCGUACCCCAGUCCUACCUAAACCGAUUUCAAGGAUUUGCUCCGGUUCACACUCGGUAAAACCGGAUCAAACCUGAAUCUAGUUUCAUUGCGUUGUGUUCCAGCUACUUCAUAGGAACUUUUUUAAUACACCUAAACUGGUCUUAACUCUCUAAAAACUAGGUGGUUAUUUUAGUUUUGUUUGUUUUAUAAAUCUGAUUAGCUGGUAUUUAUAACCUGGUGGUUAUAACCCCUGCCUUAUCGCGGCCAAAAUCUGAACCCUUUUCGAACAAAGACGUAAAGUAUGGCCGUCAGCGGAGAGCGGCCUACAAAGACUAGAGCCAAGAUGGGAAAUGGCGACAACUCAAACUGCAAAAAAAAGAAAGAAGAAAAUGCUUAAACUGGUUUAAGUUUUCUUUUUCGGAUGACUUUCGGAACGUGUUUAGUUUUGUUGCUGCAUUUAUUUCAAUGCUGUCUCGAUCUGGUCGGAACCUGUUUACACGGCUCUAAAAUCCAGUUGGAACCGGUGAGGCAGCAGUGGACCCGAGGAGGCCUGAGGGCUGGCCUGUCGUCUGCCCGGAUCAAUUCAAGUGAUAUUAUUUUCUAUCUCUCCCUCCGUGCCAAUGAUACUAGCUAUGUGCCUGGCUGCCUGCCUAAUAGAACAAACCAAUUAUUAACCUGCUUAACAUUUAUAUUAAUAAUAGUAAUAAUGAUAAUAAUGUUAUAGUAAAAAAAAAAAAAAGAACAUGCAAUUUGCUACAUUUUCUCGUAUGUUAUUUCUAAAGGCAAAUAAUGCUUUGUUGUUGUUAAUGUUUUUGCAUUAAGUGGUGCUACAAUAGGUAGGCCUUACUUUAUUUUGGUUUUACAUUCUUCUGAGUUUUGGGUGGGAUGUCUUGAUUUUUUUUUUUGUUCUUUUGUGUUAUUAUGCAGACGUUUUGUUUUUUGUUACCAUGACAACAGCAGUCCCAUGGAAACGGUACAGCGAGAGACGUGGUUGUGUGUACUUAACGUGUGUGUGUGUGUGUGUGUGUGUGUGUGUGUGUGUGUGUGUGUGUGUGUGUGUGUGUGUGUGUGUGUGUGUGUGUGUGUGUGUGUGUGUGUGUGUGUGCGUGUCUGGAGGUGUGUGUAGGAUGCUUCCGUCCCAAGGUGAUGAUGAUGAUGAUGAUGAUGAUGAUGAUGUAAAGAAUAUGAAGUCUUGCUCAGGGUUCCCACAGACGCUCAAAACACCAACCAAGCUCCAGUCCAAGAUGUCCGCUGUCACUUUUGUCUUACGUGCGUCAUCAUUCGACACCUCCUCCUCACGGUCGGUUCGACGCGGUCUUAAGUGUGUUACUUCUAGUGUUUUGUUUGGUAGGGAAAGUCGCAUAGGGAGUCAAACCCUAGUUUGUUUACAUUAACCUCAUAGGUCAAAGGAUGAGUCAAGAUGGUGUUGGAUUCAAACUACAUGGCAGUGAAUUCAGAAGUUAAGGUCCUGGUAUUGCUGUUAUAUGAGAAAACACAGGAAAACAAAUUUCGCAGUUCAAAAGUUCACGAUUUUAUUAAAGGAAAAACUCAUUUAAAUUGUUUGAGGAAACACUAUCCAUACCACCAUUUUGCCUACAAAUCAAAUCAAAACACUUGCGUUUCAGGAGAACAGUAGAUGCUCCAAAUAGAAAAGGUUUCAAAACGUAUUAUUAUAUUUUCAAAUCCCCAAAUAGCCAUUCCCUGAGGAUAGCCCCUCCCCCUGCUGCACAGCUGCCUUAGUUGCUAGGAGACGGUGACAACAACAAAAACAAAACAGGAAUAUGAUCUCGAACUGUCUCUUUUAGUCUGAAGCAAUGGAUGAAUAGAAAGAAAAGGUUAUAGUAUUUGUUUUCGUGAGGUUCUCUUUAUUUUCAAUGCUUUUUUUCCCAUCCAGUAUAUGUAUUAACGGAGGAGUCGGUUAUCACGCCAGUAUUUGUAUUAUUAUUAUGAAAUAUAAUAUUGUUAUUGAUAUCACAUUGAUACAACAGUAGUAAGAUUUUGAUUUUGACAAAUGAGCCGAGCCGUCCAGCUGGUGUGAUAACGGACACAAACUGCGCUGUUAGUCGCCAAAAAGACUGAACGAAGCGGUUGCGUUGUGAACUGAACCAGCGAAAGAGCCAGGAGACCACAGACGAGACCUUUAUUCUAAUGGUUAUCCAAAGAAGUAUGCAGAUCUCACCUCUUAACAUCACACGUUGUGUGCAUACACUGCGUCCCAGCCUGAUGAAAUCACCUUAAUGUAAUUCACAGUAAAACAGUUAUUUCAUUUAAACAAUCCAUUCUUUCAUGUAGGGGAUAACCUUGUGAUUUACAUCUCCAAGAUUAGAAAUCGAUCUUGACCAAGUUUGAACCGUGCAGUAAACACAAGUUUAUCCCCUCCGAUAUGACUUUGGAAACGCAAGAGUUAUGCAACCCCUUACUUGUGCCUAUGACCCGACUGUUUUCCCCACAAUCGCAGAAGACUUUUGAAGCGGCCAGGAAACCGCUGGUACUUAAAUACAUAUGGCUAUGCAAGCGUUAAAAACCACAUCGGUAAUACAACUGACAAGGAAACUGUUAAGACUCAUCAAUCAAGACUCGUAUCUUUCCGGAACUUGCCAUAUCCAUGCAUGCUACGUUGAGUCGAUGCUAUUGUCUAUUUUAAUUUCAAAAUGGGUGUUUCGUCGAGGGACGUUUGGAUGGGUUCACCGGCACCUGCACGAUGGGUCCGCCUGUCAGGAUAAAGAUUUCUUCACUCCGAAUCUGUCAAAUGAAAAGUUGAAGCGUGACAAAUCGCCAAAAUCUAAUCUCCGGAGUCGACACCAGCUGGGUACGGCCGCUGCUCUUUCUGAUUGGCCGAGAGCAAGCGGAGAAGUGACAACACCUGGCACUAAUUGGUUGCUCGUUUCGGGGCUAUUUCCCGAUGCCCCUUGAAGCCAGAGUUUUAGCAUUGUGGAACACUUUAGGGAAACUGUGUAACCCAUCCAACGCCCGGUUGAGAAAACCUUACGGAGGCUUUUCCCACCGCCCAAUCGGUGUGCUAUUUUACCCCUGAAGGAUCCGAAUAACUAAAACGUUUUUUUUUUAAUUUUGAAAGGACAUCCCCGGUAAUUCUAGUCUCUUCAUUUUUUCUUUAUUUUCAAUAGCGUCUGCCGUGUGCAGCAACGGUCGCUCCGCUGCGCACCAGUUGUUCCGUGCGGUGCGGCUCUCUCCGUGCCAAUACGGAGCACUUUGUAAGGUCGAGAGCUACGGGGGGACGACAAUCCGCCAGCAGGAGACGAACGCAUAAAUACACAAAUCAAAUGAAAACCUGUUUACAACUGCCAAUGUAGCAAAUAAAAUAAUAAUGAAAAACACGGGCGCAAAAAAAACCAACGAAAACAUGAAGGAUCCCCAGGGGGUGGGAGCCUUUGGUCGGACAAGAGGAGAGGAAGAGAGGCAACGCUGGUACUGCCUUGUAGGCCUUGAAAACAAUGGGCAAAGCAGGGGAGUGCAUGUUUUAGGGCGUACACAUGGGAAGUAAUAUUAUCUCUUGAGUGUGCACUCAGCUUUCAUAUCUUGUUCAGAGUUCUGCUGUCCAAUCUGUUCUGUUUGCUCCUCUUUCCCUCUAUUUCUCCUCUGACCCUUUUGUUUUCCAUACUUAACGUUUUUGUCUUCACACAACGGUUGUUUUAUACGGUUUGUUAUUUUCCUGGAUUUAUCCAUUGACAUGUGUGUCUCUCGUUCUCUCUCCCCUGCUGUACGUCAACCUCUCUCGCUCGACCCUCCCAAUCUCCGGUCUUUUCCCUGCUAGAGCUGACGUGUGAUGUUAAAAGCUAUGCUCAGUCUGCCUGUAUUCGCCGUGCGUGUGUGUGUGUGCGUAUGUUUGCUGAUCCCGACCUUGUGAGGACCUCAGCAUGUCCUCACUUUUACUUUGUAAGUGUCUUUGACUUCGGGUAUCGAAAGUAUUUUCACAUUUCAAAGUAAUUGCAGCACUAAUUGCAGGCUUUCAAAGUUUUUUUACGUUUUUGAUUAGCUUGUUAUGAUUGGCGUGCUCUGAUUGGCUUGUUCUGAUUGGUCCACUUGUGUGGCUCGUUCUGAUUGGUCUACUUGUGUCGGGUUGAGUUUUAGUUCUCUCGACUCUUAAGGGACCAUGUGAGCUGUUGGGUGUAGUGGGAACGCGUCAGGUUUAGCCGCUCUGUGUGUUUCUGUGAUGUAACCACAUCUGAAUCCCACUGCUGGAAGGAUGUUGGUCACUUCCUCUGUUUCAUAGAGAUUCAUGUUAGCGUUUACAUACGAGGCCUUAAAACUUUUUUUGUUUUGUUUGUAUUUCUUUGUCAUCGCUCAAUGCCUUGCAAAGUGUUGACACAAUUCAGCUGUGUUGCUUGCACGCACACAACCGCACACACACAGAUAUACACACGUGGUACAGAAUGAGUGUGUACAUAUUGGGAUGUGAUAACUUUGAGACAAAGAAGAUAAUAGGCCAGUUUAGAAAUGGUCAAGUACAUACACAUAAAUACACCCACGCACACACCCACACACACAUCGACUUUGUACAUUUAACCGAUAUGUUUUCGUUUGAAUUUUGUGUCUAUUUAGUUUAAUCGUUUUUUUUUUGUUUUUUUUAAUAAUGGGAUUUUUUUUUUGUAUUAUUUGUUUCCUAUGUUGUAUUUUAUUCAGCUACUUUCGUGUACGUUACAUCGUCUUUUAGGAUUUUUAUGUCAUGCAAAAAAAAAAAAAAUACUCAACAUAUUUUGACAGCCAAGAGAAGUUUGUUACACAGCUAAACUUGAAGAAUAAUGUCCAUGAUAUGAUGAUGAUUAAUAAAAGUAAUAACAGGCAUAUUUGAAGGCAUCUGUGUCCGUGUGUUUUUGUGGCGUCUAAAAGGAUGAGUCCAUUGGUUCCAUUAUGCAAAGCGUGUCAUUCCCUGUGCAGUGCAUACAUCACAACCCACAAGCUCCUCUUUUACAGAGACCACACAAGAUGUCACGCUCACGACGACUCCAGUCUUUCGCUCUCCCUAGGGGGACGAGAGGCUCUGUGAAGCCCCUCAAAGAGACACGCUCGCGUGGGCGGCUGUAUUUGGGACAUGAUGCUUCAUCUAACCUAAUUACUAUUUGCGCAUUUGUGUUACCGGAUGCUUUUAUUUUAUGCAAAGAGACUGCCACUGAAUACAUAUGCAUGCCGUUAGGUGAGGGCGUCUUGCUCGAGGGUGCCUACUGCAGGUUAUGCCGCAGGCAUUGGGGAUCGAUCCCAGUACCGGCUUUAGGCCAGUAAAACCCCGUCCUCCCUGUGGUUUAUGAGGGCUGUAAUCGUCUCUCUCCAGACCGUUUCACAAGAGGUGAUGAAAUAAUUUCCUCCAUGACACUCUCACACUUUGCUCCUUUUGGGUUAAGUUAGUGGUUUACAUUUUUUUUAGGGGUCUUAAGA